UGUCUGGAAAUAGUUUGUGUUUAUCGCUAAAAAAAACCAAAAAAUUAAAGAAAGAAAACAAAAACGUUAAAUAUUUCAUUAAAAUUAACGAAAGAAGUAGCAAAAUAAAAAGUCGAGAAGGCUUUGCAUUUAGCCUCAACGUUCACAAAAGUUUUCUACGCUCAAGAGAGCGGACGUGCAAACGCGGCUUUUUGGCUAAAGAACCCCACAACAAUUAACACAGUUUUCCGUUUUUCCAAUACAUUCGGUCAUUUUUUUCCACAUUUUCCUACUACAACUGACACAGAAAAAAUUGAAAAAAAACAGCGGCUUACAAAAUUUUCAAUUAACAGCAACCAAAUAAAACCAACAACAAUUUAAUUACCUUCCAACAUUGCGAAUAAUUUACAGAAAUCAUAGAAAAUCGUUAACAACAAAGCCCCUAAUCGGAGAUAAAUUGUGAUAUAUUCGUUUGUUAGAAUAAAAGUGCAAAAGUGUUUUCAAAAAAUAUUGAAAAAAAGAAAAGUUUUUCUAAAAAAAGUGUUAAAAGUUUUAAAAAAAAAGUUCUAACCAAUAUGAUUGAAGUUAAUAAUAAUAACAACAACAAAGGCUCCAGAAAUGGUCAUAUAAGCCAUGGCCAUAUGGCACCUGCCUCAGCCGCUCCUCUGGCUUUCUACAACAAUUUGAAAAGUUGGGUGGCAGCCAUCAGCGAUGUUGUGGUGUUCAUCAUUUACUGUAUUGGCUUUAUUAUACAGGAUUUAUACUACAUAGCAUUUGGCUAUCCCGAAAAGGAACUUAAAACGGAUAUUGCUCUGGUGACUGGCGGAGGUAGUGGCUUGGGCAGAUUGUUGUCAAUGCGAUUAAGCAAAUUGGGCACCAAAGUCGUGAUUUGGGAUAUCAAUAAACCAGGCAUUGAUGAAACGGUGAAAAUGGUUCAAGAGUCUGGUGGUUUCUGCAAAGGUUAUGUGGUUGAUAUCUCCCGAAAAGAAGAGGUCUACAAAGCAGCGGAAGUCUUAAGACAUGAGAUUGGUGAUAUUUCUUUACUCAUAAACAACGCUGGAGUUGUGUCAGGCUUGCAUUUACUUGAUACCCCUGAUCAUUUAAUUGAACGUUCGUUCAAUGUAAAUGUUAUGGCGCAUUUUUGGACCACCAAAGCUUUUCUACCCAAAAUGAUUGAGAACCAAUGUGGACAUAUUGUAACCAUAGCUUCACUGGCUGGCCAUGUAGGCAUAACCAAAUUGGUGGAUUAUUGUGCGAGUAAAUUUGCGGCUGUGGGUUUCGAUGAAGCUUUGCGCUUAGAACUGGAAGUCCUUGGCCACACCAAUAUACAGACCACCUGUGUGUGUCCGUUCUUUAUACAACAAACUGGAAUGUUUGAUGAUGUGAAUGCCAGAUGGGUGCCUACUUUAAAUGCCAACGAUGUUGCUGAUCGUGUCAUUCAAGCCAUAAAGAAAAAUGAAAAGAUUGCCAUAAUUCCCGGUUACUGUAAAUUCUUACUAUCCUUUAAAUGGACUUUCCCUUGGGGCUGUGUUGGAGGUCUGCUCAAGCGUUUAGUGCCCGAUGCCUCACCACAUGGCUUGGCCCAAAAGUCUCUGUUGAGUGUGUACAAAAAAGUGUCUUCAGCCAAAAAUGCGGUGAUGACUGCAACACCUACCUCAGCGUUAAUUACAGAUAUUUCGGCAGCCUACAAGGAUGCCACAUCUAUGACUAAAGCUGGAACAUUGCUCAUAAAACGAUCACCCUCGCUGGGCGAGAGAGUAUUGUAAAGGCCCAGAGGCCGAAUGCAGUAAACUCAACAACGGCUGGGUGUUAGAUAAAAUCCUCUCUCUCCCCCUCCCUUAUAGUCUAGUAAACCUAAGAGGUCUUAGAUUUUUUAAGUAUUCUCAUGAUAUGCUUUUAAUUUAUUUCAAAUUGGCAUUUGUUUUUUUUUUUUGUUUGUUUAAAUAACACAACACAUACACACCCACACCUACACCCACACAAUACAUGCAAGCACCCAAACAUAAACACAUACACACUCACUCAGACAGUUAACUAGCUUAGGUAUUCUUAGAUUUAAUUUUUAGUUAGAUAAAGGUUAUAAUAAAACUAAUUGAAAUAUUUCGCAUGAAUGAUAUGAUAAGUAAAGAGAAAAUGAUUAAAUCAAAAUGAAAUAAAAUCAAAGGAAGAAUA